AACUCGAAAAUAAUAGAACAUAAAAAACUCGUGUAUGAUUGUGGUUUACGUCACUCCUUUUUACAUCGAGCAAUUUGAAGAAGAUGUCAUCGAGUAUCUUCGAGAAACUCUCAGCACUAAGAAUUUAACGGUGAAUGCGUGAAACUGGUACCUAAAGGCAAGCGUCUCAAUGAUUUGACAUUCGUCUCAUUUGAAAUAUCAGUAACGGCUGAUUUAGAAACUGCCGUUGGAGAUUCCUUUUACUGGCUUGUACGUGAAUUUCAACCAAAAAUCGACAACUCCGCGGUGAGGAUCCGCUCUUGGAAAUCAGAUCAACUGAGCUCCCGAACCACCGACCGGCCAGCGGAGUGUCGUAUAAAUCAGAACCUGUCGAGUUUGUGCCAAGAGAAAAAAAAUCAGCAAAAAUAACCAGAAGAUAAGUGAUUGACGUGUCGACUAUUAGUGUGCACUUGGUGUGUGUGUCGGUGCCGUGCUAUCUCUGAUAACAGCAGCAACAAAACGGAAGAACAAUAAGUGAUUGGAAAGUCAGGUUGCAGCGCGAUGCGCGAUUGCUAUCAGUUGAUGUAAUUUCAGCUGCAGCUGGUGGAAGAAAAAAAGUUUUAGUGUGUAAAGCUGGUGCUGCCAGUUUGCGUGCAGUGCAUAUCGAGGCCUACCACUGUUGGGUGGCUAGUUUUCGUCGCUUGUGAAAGUGUAGAAUCGCGAAUAGUGGCUGAAUCGGUGCUCGAUUCAUAUAGAAAUACCCGAGCUGCUAGUUGAGGGUGAAAUAAAAUCAAAAAGCGCAACAGCGGUUAGUUUAUGGCAAUCGUGGGUAAAGGAAGGAAUGUACGGGUAUAUUGUAAAAUGAAUAACGGUGCUCGCUAGUGGUGGUGGCUAUUGUUCGUGUUCAGGGAACCGUUCGACAGCAAAAAAUUAUUGUACGUAAAAUUGUGCUACCAAGCGCAGCAUGAAGACCAAAACCGCCGAUAGCCGCUUGGGUCGAUAAAAUUGGUUUUUGGCAUAGUCAGCGUUCAGUAGAUCCGAAGGGAAAAUCAAUUCAAUUAGCCAUCAUUUUGUGAACCACUGAGACGUGUGGAAGUAUUUCUAACGCUGCUACAUAGAUGCCGCCACAGAUUUUACCAUCAAAGAUGCAAUCUCGUGAGCAUCCUUUUAAUCGUUCUACUCGACCGCUACUGGAGCGUCGCGCUAACAUGGCACAACCACAGGUGCUGAGCAGCAAGCAGAUUAACGCGAAGACGCAACCCACUCGCGGAUACAACGACUUCAAUUUAAUCACUCGCCAGUACGAGAGUCUUAACUCCAACAAAGGUUAUCCUUAUGGCAGUCCUCCCUCACCGACCAAUCUUAACAAUAUAGACUUUCAAUUUUCGGACGUGAAUGAAUCACACUAUCGACCGGUAGCACCAGCCACCCGUUAUAUCUCUGCUAGCACCAAUCGUAACAACAGUGACCAUGAGGACGACGAUGAUGACGACUACGAUGAGUUAGUGUAUCAUCACAAUCAGCUCAAUGUUCAGCCGGCUCCCGUAGCACCGAGGCGGCGUUUGAUCGACGCAUCAUCCGGUGCCGGCGUUCCUCCCGUGCCACCGCAGCGAAUCAUUCCGGUGGAAACUCCACCGUUACCGCGCAGGGAAGAUACCACCGAACAUGGUGGACCGUUCGUGUUCGGUGUUCAUCAUCCAAAUACCUUUACACCGGCCUACGGCAAAGGCAAGGAUGCCGUCAUCGGCAACGGUGCUGGCAAUAGUAGCAAUAGCAGCAGUCCCAACUCCUCCAUUCAGAAUAACAGUGAUAUUAGCUCUAGGAACACGACGUCCAGUGAGAAGGAGAGACGAGCGCUUGUGAAGGAGAAAAAGUAUUCGAAGCGAACGAAAAAAGACAAAACAGAAAAAGCGUCGGAAAAGCAGAAGGAAAUUUCCCGAUCCGCCGCCAAAGAACCUCCGAACGUAAAAUGUGUACUGGUUGGAGACGGUGCCGUGGGGAAAACGAAUCUAAUCGUGUCCUACAUCCAGGAUCGAUUCAUUCCAGAGUAUGUGCCGACGGCUUUCGACAAGUACAACGUUGAUGUCAGCGUCGAUGGUCGUCCGAUCUGCGUGACGCUUUGUGACACCGCCGGCCAGGAUGCGCUGGAUCCGCUUCGGCAGCUCUGCUAUCCCGCAUCCGACGUCUUCCUGCUAUGCUUCUCCGUCGUUCAACCGGGCUCGUUCCGAUCGGUGGCUACCAAGUGGGAACCGGAAGUGGCCAAGCUAAAAGGUUGCUCACUUGUACUGGUGGGAACCCAGUCCGAUUUGCGUAACGACCGUAAAACUAUACUCAAAUUGCAGGCUCAAGGAGAGAAACCGGUCCCAGUAUCGGCAGCUUGGGACUUUGCCCGCAAAAUUGGAGCCAAAUACAUUGAAACGUCCUCGCACCGGAAGGAAAGCAUCAAGGAGGUUUUCGACACCGCCAUUUGGGACGCACUCCAGGCGAGGGAAUUCGACCGAAAGCGGCCACUCUGGAAGCGGCUGCUCUGCGUUACCUGUUGAGCGCUCUAAUAGUUAACCUCAAAGCACCUAAACACGACCGCCUGUAACAAGCAAAAACGAGACUGCGUAUUUGUGGUUGUAUUUUAUUUCGUGUAAUGCUAACGUUUUGUAUAGUAUCGGAACGCUCAAGUUAAGUGAACUGUAGGAAUCAAAGUAACGACAUCCAAAUGCUCCAAUCGUAUGAAUUGUAUGUGUUUUGUUUUUUUAAAGUAAUAUUAAAUUUUUUUUCGACAAACUAAAUCUGAUUAAAAUCAUCACCAUUUUUAGACAUAAACGAAAAAAAGGUCUUCCGUCAAUUGCAUAUGCGGCAUUAGAAAAUGACAAUAAAUUAUUACAUACUUUUAACUGCUAAGCAUCACAAACCUAGAGGAUAGUACAUUUAAACCUAACUGUAUAUUUGAACAAGCGUGUAAUUAAGUGUAAAAUAUACCUAGGUUGAAACAAAACUCUUGCCAAUAAGUAAUAAACAACCGAACAAGAAACGACUGAAAAUAUACUGCAAAAAUAUACCACACUUUAGAAAA